AUGGGAGAAGAUGUGAUUCUACGACUUGCCUUGCCACUCGAUUUGCCGUUCUUGCGGAAAUCCCGGAGGUGUCUAAUUGAUCUCAAGACUAGCCUGCAUUCCCUUUUUUUCUGUUUCCCCCGUUAUUCCUCCCUUGUCGUGACGUUUAUUUUAUUUGCCGGGGAGCCCGUUGUCCAAUCCAGCGGCGACACGUCAGCACCGUCCGACGAGUUCCGCGGCGCGGACGGGCGCGUGUACCACUCGCACGACGGGCUCGCGCCGCAUUCGCACGAGCCGCUCGACAGCGCGGGGAGCUUCGCGCUGCGCGCGCCGCCCCUGGCGAACCGCGACCUGGCGGAGCGCGCGUUUACCGUUGGAAUCGGCGGGCCCGUCGGAUCAGGCAAAACCGCUCUCAUGCUCGCCCUCUGCCGCACGCUACGCGACAAGUACAGCCUGGCUGCGGUUACCAACGACAUCUUCACGCAAGAGGACGGCGAGUUCCUGAUAAAGCACGCCGCCCUCUCGCCGCCCGGCCGCAUUCGAGCGGUCGAGACGGGCGGCUGUCCGCACGCCGCCAUCCGGGAGGACAUCAGCAUCAACUUGGGGCCACUGGAAGAACUGUCUUCUCAAUUCAGCGCGGACAUGCUGCUGUGCGAAUCAGGGGGAGACAACCUAGCGGCCAACUUCAGCCGAGAGCUAGCGGACUACAUUAUCUACAUCAUUGACGUGUCGGGCGGCGAUAAGAUCCCCAGGAAGGGCGGCCCGGGGAUCACACAGGCAGACCUGCUGGUGGUGAACAAGACUGACCUGGCGCCGGCGAUUGGUGCUGACCUGGCAGUCAUGGAAGCGGACGCGCUGCGCAUGCGGGAUGGCGGGCCCUUGGUGUUUGCACAGGUGAAGCAUGGGGUGGGGGUGCCGGCCAUAGUGGACCAUGUGCUCACAGCAUGGAGUGCCGCUACAGGCCAGUCCAGGAGGCAGGCCGCAUUCCCGCAUCGGAUCCCAUUCUUAAAACUGGUUCAGAUGGCAGCAGCGUCGUCAGGGACUACAGCAUCCCUAAAUGGCCUGUCGAAUGUCGGCGCCAGCCACGCCGCCAUUCGCGGCCCGCGCUUCGGCACCCACGGCCGACGUGUCACUCCUGUCGCCGCCGCGACGCGCGCGACAUUACCGAGAUUUCGAGCCGAUUGCGACACGUGGCAAUCGGCCAUUGCGCGAAAAUGCGGGUGGUCCAGCGGGGAGAUUGGGGGAGUAUGGGGAAACGGCGGGAUUGCUGGAGGGUUGCGCAGGCGCGCGGAACGGAAGGGGGGAGUAUCUGCAGCGGGUGCCGGUGGGGUGGGAGUGGUUGUGGUAGCGGCGGCGGGAGCGGAGCAGUCGCCUUAUGACGUGCUGGGAGUGCCUCGAGGCGCGUCUCAGAAGGAGAUUAAAUCCGCGUUUCGGCGACUGGCUCUCAAGUACCAUCCUGACGUGAAUAAAGCGCCCGACGCACAGCAGCGCUUUGUGCGCAUCAAGCAGGCGUAUCAAACUCUCACAGACCCCGACGCUGCUGCCAACGCCAAGGCGCGAGCAGCCUCGCAGCGGCAGCAGCAGCAGUGGGCGCGGAGCAGCAGCAGCAGCAACAGGGCGAGGGGGGGGUAUGGGGCGCAGUGGGACGCAGAUUUCAGCGGUCCAUUCGAUCCGUUUGAUGCGUGGAAGGGGCCAAAGAACAAACCAGAUGACUUCUACAGUCUUGACGAUUUCUUCAAGGACCUCCAGAAGGACUUUGAGGAGAAGCAGAAGGAGCGGGGCAGCGGCAAGCCCAAGAGCCUUUGGGAGGAGCUGGCGGACCUUGGCGAGGACUUGGUGGAUUUCUUGGAGAAGAAUGUACCAGAGCAGCAAGAGAAGCCCACAUACAGCAAGGAAUAUUUCUACUCGGGAGCCAGCAGCAGACCCGAUGCCCAACAUAGUGCGUGGGAGGAGAGGAUAAAGAAGGAGAUUGAUGACGAGUUGCAGCAGCUGAAGCGGGCGAUGGGGCUGUGA